AUGUACCCAGUAAAGGAUAUACGCCCUCGUAAAGCUAUAUCGCAAGCAGCUUUCAAAAAGGAUAAUUAUUGGAUGAACCAGAUGGACGUGGCAACGUCUUCAUGGUACGAAUGGGACACGAAAAUUGUUAACAAUUACAAGGAGAAACCAGCUCAGGUUUUAACGAACUAUGAGCCUUUCAGCAAGGAUUUAAGGGAUUACUUACAGACGUCAACAUUACACGGCCUUCGUUACGUCGGGGACAAAAAGCUGACGUGGUUUGAAAGCAAAGAUCUAAAUGAUUUGAACUUAACUUUCCCAUCACCAUCCGUAGACUGGACGCCGGAAGGAGGAUACCCUUCAGAUGCACCACCUAACGGAUUUCCAUGGAAACCUAAAGGUAACAAAGUAAAAUGA